AUGAACGCCCCGCUGGCCAUAAAUACCGCUUAUCGAGCUUACUCCUCCAGAGUGGCGGCCACCGGCAUGGGUUAUGAGCAGUACUACUGGCCUUCCCCGGAGGAGAAAGAGCAGGAGCCGGUGCACAGCUCGGAGGGGGGCCCUCCCCCAGAAGAUUUAGGCGACGUGGAGGAAAAGGCGUCCCCCCAAAACCCAAAUCUUUCUCCAAGGUCCUCCAGUUCUGGACUAUUAAUUCUUUACACCCCUGACUCUGCCACCAGUCCCAACAGGCAGUCCUCUUCUCCACAGCUGACUUCUACACCCCAGAGCUGCAAGGAGGAGAAUCCAGGAGCCAGGAAAGUCAAAACACGCACAGCUUUCUCUCAAGAGCAGUUGGAGAUCCUGCACCACAGAUUCCAGAGCCAAAAGUAUCUCAGUCCACAACAGAUCCGAGAACUGGCUGCAGCCCUGAAACUCACUUACAAACAAGUAAAAACAUGGUUUCAGAAUCAACGGAUGAAGUUUAAGCGAACCCAGAAAGAAACUCUGUGGAUGAGAAAAGGGAUGUGCCAAGCUCAGAAUAGUUAUUUGGACAUAAACUCAAGCUAUCAUGAAGGUUACAAUAUUGGUGAGGCCAGGAACAUCCAUUCGCUGGCUGCUGUGCAUGAGAACUUCACCAGCAAUCAAAACUAUAGCAAUAACCAGAAUUAUAAUAGUGACCACCAGGUCUACGGUAGUCCCCAGAAUUUUUAUCCAGUUGGUGAGGAUGGGAGCUUCUUUGGAAAAGCUGGUGGGGCCUGUUACAGCCCACAAGCCAUCAGCUAUAUCAGCCACCAAAAGAUGAGUUUUUAUCCUGGGUUCCCUGCAAGCAUGGACAUGGAGUAUGCCACCAUGAAGAUGGAAGAUGGGUAUACCUUCCCAAAUGCGUCUUCUGCUACAACAGCAUUCCCAGGCCCCUCUGUCCUCCAGCACUAUCAGGCUCCUCUACAAACUCAAGGACCACAGAGUAACUGUAACUCCUAA